GGAGAUGUCUCGGAGUCAAAGUCGAAGUUUAAUCAAAGCACUGACACUGUACCUGAAGAUGCCCAGGCAAUGUUAAAUCAAAGCACUGUACUUGGGAAGGGAGAUGCGACGAAAGAUGAUGCAAGGAUUUAUCAACCUAUUGUAUCUUUGAAGAAAGAUGUUCAGUCAAGCUUAAACUUUUAUGAACGCAUUGUAUUUGAGAAUGGAGAUAGGAAGGAAGAUGAUGCAAGGAUUUAUAAACAGAUCUCUGGAGAUUGUAUCAAUGGUCGAAUUACUCCCCAUUGGUCAGCUGCUGUUGAUGUAUAUGGCGUUCAAGGUUGUCUUUUGUUGUACAUCAUUGGAAUGUUCGUCCUCACUGCUUAUCGAAUUCGCCAAAAACUCAAGGCAAGCAGGAACAUUGCACAGAAAUCGAAUAUUGUUAAGCGUCGCAAGUUUGUCAUGUUGCUCAAGCUGUCAACCACUACAGCCUUAAGUUAUUGGUUUCCUCUCUUCAUAUCUAGAAUCGUGGAUUUUGAUUUCGAAAUAAAGAUAGCGUUGUAUACUGUAACAUUGCUUACUGGUGCCUACAUUGGUAUUGCGUUUGCCUUCACACGAAGAAAUUAUGAGUUGCUCAAGAAAAAAUAUUUCCCAGCAAACAAUAACCCGCCAGUUACCGAAAUUUCGCUGAAUAGACUAUAG